UGCAGCCGAAAGCACGAGUCGGGCCGCUCGGAGGGGUGUCGGUUCGGGACCGGCCGGUUCCCGGGGCUGGGGCUCUCCGGGGGAUUUUCAGGCAGCUCCUGCCCGGCAGCAGCGUGCCUCGGGGGUGCGGGCUUUCCCCCGGCUCCCGGGGGCUGAGCAGAAGCCGCGGUCCCGGGGGACAGGCACCCUUGCCGGCGCGGAGGGCUGAAAGCCGGGGAAGCAGCGGGGACCGGGGGGUCCAGGCGGUCCCGGGCUCCCGGUUCCCCCGGCGUGGCGCAACUGCCGCCGGGCUCCAUGUGACGGCCAUGCGGGCGGCGGGGCAGCCCGGAGCGGGGCGGUGCGGCGGGGCUCCCGCGGCAGAGUGGCGGCUCCGCCCCCGGGCCGAGGGGUGCCAGGUGCCGGGGCGGUGCGUCCCCUGCCCCUCCCCGGCCCGCCCUGCUCUCCCUUCCUCUCCCAACCCUGCGGGCCGGGGGAGCCCAGCGGCGCCCCGGGGCGGCUCCGCAGCCGGCGGGAUGUCCUGCGCCGUCCCGGCGGCGGGGGGCAGCGCGCUGCCUCGGAGCGCGGCGGCCGAGAGCAGCCAGCAGAGUAAUGAAGAAGAUGACAGGAAAGUAAGGAGGAGAGAAAAAAACCGAGUUGCUGCACAGAGGAGCCGAAAGAAGCAAACUCAGAAAGCAGAUAAACUUCACGAGGAAUAUGAGUCUCUUGAGCAAGAAAAUACCUCCCUGAAAAGAGAAAUCGUAAAGCUAACAGAUGAAAUGAAACACUUGAGUGAAGUGUUGAAGGAUCAUGAAAAGAUCUGUCCACUAUUGCACUGCACCAUGAACUUUGUGACCGUACCAAGGCCCGAUGCGCUCGCCAGCUGCCUGCCAAGAUGAGAGCUCUCCUCGGUCGCCUUUAAGUGUGAUUGUGUGAAAGUGCCAUUAACAGGAGGUUUGAAGAACUGCCUUCUUAUGGUGCAGGUCUUUCAUCAAAGAGGGUUGGCUAUGACCACACAGCCCUUCUCCAUGUUGAAGUGCUGUAGUCUUCUGAAUCUCAGGAAAACACCAGUGUGAGGAAAAAAGACAACUCAAACUGUGACUUCUUAUUUGGUAGGAUCUUCAAGACAUGAUUUUGCAUUCAGAAAUGUCAAAGUGUGAUGCAGCCCACCGUCACAUGAUGGAAUGUAGACAAGGAAAACACCCAGCCCUGGGCUGGGAUGUCUUUGUCACACACAUCCACUGCCAGUAAUCUUUUGUCACUUGUCACCCCUGUGUAUCACCUUCUAGCUGCUGGUUUUUUUAUCUAGAUAGGUUUGGUUAAUAAAAGUGAUGUCCCAUCUUUAUGACGUUCUCUA